UUCUUCCAUGGCUCGGUUACCAGUUGGGAUGAUCAGCUCAACGUCUUUGAGAAGACCAUUAAGAAGCAUGGGCGGAUCGAUAUUGUCCUCGCCAAUGCAGGGAUAGACGAGGUAGCUGAGGAUGCAUUUCUCGACACCUUUGACGAACAUCAGAGGCUCAAGGCGCCCACGUUAACUGUUCUUGAUGUCAACAUUCGCGGCGCCAUCUACACGACCAAGUUGGCGUUGAGCUAUUUCCGACGUUACAAAAUCCAUGGCUCCCUUGUCCUCACAGGCUCGGCGGCUUCAUACCUCGACACGCCCGGCAUCCCAGUUUACAAUGCGGCCAAGCACGGCAUCAUCGGGCUAGUCCGCUCGCUGCGUGACACAUUGCGUGACGAGGGCUUGAUCAGAGCAAAUGUGGUUGCACCGUGGUUCACGAGAACACCAUUCACAGCCAAGGUGGCCAAGAUUUGGGAGGAAAAAGGACUCCCCAUCAAUGAGCCCAUUGAUGUUGCACGGGCAAUCGUAUUCUUGGCAGUGAACUCUGAAUACCACGGCAAGUCCAUCUAUGUGGCUGAUGGUAAGUACACUGAGAUUGAGGAUCAAGUGCAGGCAUCAAGAGACAUCUGGCUGGGAAAGCAGAACACAGCGUGGGUGGAUCAGAGGAAGGCUGGAAAGAUCAAGUUGGGGAAGCAGGAUGAAUAA